GAAACCAAUAAGACACCAAUGAUUCCCAGUGAAACCAAUAAUACACCAAUGAUUCCCAGUGAAACCAAUAAUACACCAAUGAUUCCCAGUGAAACCAAUAAUACACCAAUGAUUCCCAGUGAAACCAAUAAUACACCAAUGAUUGUCAGUGAAACCAAUAAUACACCAAUGAUUCCCAGUGAAACCAAUAAGACACCAAUGAUUCCCAGUGAAACCAAUAAUACACCAAUGAUUGUCAGUGAAACCAAUAAGACACCAAUGAUUCCCGGUGAAACAAACUAG